AUGGAUAUGACAUUAUCUCAUAGUUCUCGUCACAACAGUACAAUAAGAAGUUCCAACGGCUGUUGGACUUGCCGACUGCGGCGCAAAAAAUGUGAUGAAAACCGUCCUGUAUGUGACAUGUGCGCCGCACUCCACAUCACCUGCCACUACGAUCAGGGCAAGCCAGAAUGGAUGGAUGGAGGUGUGAGGCAGGAAGAGAUGGCUAAGCGUCUCAAGCGCGAAGUUAAAGAAAAUGCUCAUCUCCGCCGUGAGGUCCGCGCGAUCCACGUCCCGGGCGAGCUUCUUGCGACAACAACACCGGAAAGUCUCAACAGUGAAGUGGAAACACGCCCCGAGGCAUCCGCUAUCUGCCUCCAACGUGGGACUGAUUGUAAACUUGUCAGCAAGGACAUUCACGACAAUGUAUCAUUUGGCCGAUCUUGUACUGUUCUUAUCACUUUCUACCUCGAAAACUUACUUCCAUUCUUAUUCCCAUUCUACUGCCCUUCUCCCCUCGAGGGCGGUCGAUCCUGGAUCUUGGAGAUGAUGUUAAGCAGUCCAGUAGUACGGCAGGCCACUUUAUGUCAAUCUUCAUACUUCUUCUCCCUCGCCCAGGGAACAGCUAAUCACGAUGCAGUUUGGGAGGCGGUACUCUCGCAGACUAGAGAUGCAUUUGGGGUGCUUAGACAAUCACUACAGGUUAUCGAUGGCUCAAGUAUCACAGAACAUCUACACGGCGCUGUGCGGAUUAUGGCAAGCGUCAUGCAAAUACAGCGUUUCGUGAUUACUGUUUUAUGCUUCAAUAACUGCCAAGCACAUCUAAACGCUGGCUUGGCUCUUUUCAAACAACUUCUAGAGAGUCCUGGCCCAGUCGAAUCGGCAGGGCCUAGUUCAAAUUUCAACACUGUCGUAGACCGUCUAGGGCCGCCGACAUGGAUUUCGCCCGCUCAGGAUGUCAAAGUUCAAAGUGCCGAGCAGGCCGCUUUUCGUUUCUCGUCUGCCCUUUUGAUCUUCGAUGACAUUAUUGCUAGCACGGUUCUUCAAGAGCAGCCUAGACUUUACGAGUAUCAACACUGCCUACUGAGUGAUGCCAAUGGCAUCGAUCCCCUAGUCAAUCUUGAGACAGUUGUAGGAUGUCAAAAUUGGGUGUUAUUACAGAUUAGUGAAAUUUCCGCGCUUGAUGCAUGGAAGAAGCAGUGCAAGGCAGCAGGAAACCUCGAUGUCAUAGACCUAGUCCGUCGCGCUACGGCUAUAAAGGACUUCUUACAAACUAAUCUUAUUCGACUUGAAACCGAAUCGUCGGCCAUUGCACAAAGUGGCAGUAACUUAUUAGAUGUCUUCAACGUAUACUAUUACCAUCAAUCAAAGACAUCCGGUUGCCAGAGUCGUUUGACUACACGGGUCUGGGCUCAUGCGGCCUUGCUUUAUCUCAGCAUUGUUGUUUCCGGGUGGCAGCCCGCCAGCGUCGAAGUACGUUACCAUGUUGAUCGAGUCAUCGGCAUUUUAACACAUGCAACAUCGCCAACAACGUUGCUGCGUACGAUGGUGUGGCCAUUCUGCGUGGCAGGCUGUCUCGCAGAGCCGUCGCAGGAAGCUCAUUUGCGCGAAAUGGUGGCCGUGUUGCAACCGCCAAGCAUCUUCGGCACGGUACGCAAAGCGCUUGAGAUCAUGGAGGAUGUAUGGCGCAACAGAGACGCAGGUAAUUCUGCAAGCCGCGACCUUGCUACGUGCUUUAGAAGUCAAGGUGAACUAGUAUUACUUGUUUAA